GUUUGUUUAAUGGUUAUUUCUGUCUUUACAUUGUCCAAAUAUUAUCAAAAUACUUGUUUAUAUUAUACUUUACUACGUUUUCCAAAAAAACAUGAGUAUAUAAAAGAUAAAUACACAUAAAUAUCGUGGAAGUCGCCUAAAAUUGUUAUGAUAAUGGACUCAAAAAACUCGAACAAGAAUGGCAGUAUAGAUGCAGAAAAUCUAAACUUGAGUUUGGAUAUGGGAGAUGAUAUGAAAUUGGAUGAAGUAAAUUACGAAAGCGACGUGUCUUCCUCUUCUUCAGAAAGUUCCAGUGUCCCAAGUAUCAGCUCGGUAAGCAGUGGAUCUUCAAAUAAGGAGCGCCGUUCCCGGCACAAAAGGGGCCGCUCAAACGAUAAGAGCCCAUCCCCUGCAGCUAAAAGACCUCGUUCUAAAGAUGCCAAAGGCAAGUCCUAUGAUUACUUGACAAAACUGAACUAUUUAUUUCGUGAUACACGUUUUUUUGUUAUUAAAUCCAACAAUGCAGAAAACAUAACUUUAUCAAAGGCCAAGGGUGUAUGGUCUACUUUGCCACAAAAUGAAGCCAAUUUAAAUAAAGCCUUUAGAGAAUCUAGAAACGUACUGCUCAUAUUCUCAGUGAAGGAAAGUGGAAAAUUUGCUGGGUUUGCCAGGCUUCAUGGAGAAUCCAGGCAUGAUGUUCCAGCAAUUUCAUGGGUGCUACCUCCAGGCCUAUCUGCCAAAGCUUUAGGAGGAGUUUUUAAAGUUGACUGGGUUUGUCGAAAGGAAUUGCCAUUUUCUAGCACAAUGCAUUUGUACAACCCAUGGAAUGAUGGUAAGCCUGUAAAAAUUGGUAGAGAUGGUCAAGAAAUUGAACCUAGAGUGGCAGAAGAACUUUGUCGUCUUUUUCCUGAAGAUGAUGGCAUUGAAAUAACCCCCAUUUUGAGACUGGCAAAAGAGGCCUCCAAGAAAAAUAACAAUAUGAGAAGUAGGGAUGGACACAGGCAUCCCAAAGCAAGAAUGCCAAUUGCAGCUAGAGCUUCAUCCUUUGGCUAUCGUGGUAGAGGUUCAUCAUAUUCAAGAAGGAAGUAUUUUUUGUCUACCAGAGGCUUAACAUCAUCCAGUGCAUACAGAAGAUCUAUGUCACCUAGACCCAGAGAUAGAUUUUCACUGUUUUAUGAUCGUGAGUCUUCACGGCCAUAUACAGCUGCAGCAGCUGAAGCUUAUGUAGCUGACUACAUGCGCACCAUGCAGCACCAGUUACCUCCCCUACCAUAUGUUCCUCCUCCUGGUCUUUAUUCAGGAUCAGCAUAUGAAAAUUUACCUCCUCCUAGAUAUUAUGAUGGUCUACCUGCAGGUGACUAUCAAUCUUCUCGAUUAGGCUCAUAUUCUGACAAAAGAUCAUAUGAUCGAUCAGUUGAUGAGUUUCUGUGGAGAACAAGUGAAAGAUCUAGGGAAAGAGAUAGAGAAAAUCGUCAUCGUUAUAGAGAUAGGCGGUGAAUUAUACUUUUUCUAUAUAGAAUAUAAUUUUUAUGAUGGACGUUUUUUUAGUAUACACAUUCUA